AUGAGUGGUAUCAAACCAUAAACUGUUAAGAUUGUAUCUAGACUAAGAAAUGGAUAUUAACAAGAAAAUAAUCAAUAGGAUGCUAAUAAGAUAUAAACAAAUUUAAUUGAACAUUAUGAUGCUAGAGAUUUACGAUUAUAAGAAUUAUAGGAUUGCUAAAAAGUUUAUAAGGUGAUCAAGAAGGAGACUACUACAAAAUGGAUUCUAUUAUCUAAAUUGGAAGAAUGCAAAUCAUAAAUAAAAUUAGAAUUAUAAUAUUUAAGAAAAUUAGUAAUUUAUGUUUAGAAUAACAAUAAAUAAAGUUUGAAUAAAUCAUAAUAAUAUGAAUUAAAUUAAUUAUAGACACUCUUAAAUAUUUUUGAUACUUAUAUUGAUUAAAUGGAAAAUAACACUUGUGAUAGAAAAGAUAAACUAAAGUGUAUAAAAUCUAUUGAAUUUGAGGAAAAAUAAAAAACAAUAAAUGAAUGGAAAAAAUGGAUUAAUAAAAAUGAAAUUCUCAUUUAACCAUCUAUUUCUGAAUUGAAAUAGAUCACUUUAAAAGUUUUAGAGGAAGUUCUUACAUAAUCUUAUGAACUUAAAUUAAAAUUAUUAUAAGAACCUGAUAUUAUUAAUCCUGAUAGUACAUUGAUAUACUAAAAUUAGAUUUAAGAUCUAAGAAAGAAAUUAAAUCUUGAUUAAUAUAAGAGAAGUAGAAAUCAAUUUGAUGAAUUUCAAUAAAUGUAAUCAUUUAUUUAUCAACUAUUAGAAUAGACAAUUUUAAUUAUCAUAUACCUAAUCAUUAAGAUAUGAAUCAAUUAAAUUUAUCUCAAUUAAAGGAAAUCAAAAGAUAACUUAAAAAUAAGUCAAAAUCUAAUAUUAAUCAAAUAAAUUCAACCAAGUCUUCUCCAAAAAAAGAAGAAUCUGCUAAUUAGUAAAAUGAAGUUGAUCGAUUUUUAAAUCAAUAUUAGAAGUAAUAAUAUUAGUAAAUUAUAAAAGAGAAAAAUAAAGAAUAAGUAAAGUUGACAAAGCACAAUAUAAAUAAAAUAUAAAAGAAUCUUAGAGAGAGGUUUUUAUAGCAAGAACAAAUCAAGGUUCCAUCUAAAAAUUACAUUAGAGUUUUGAAAUCAAUAAAUUAAACACAAGUAAAGGACAUAGAGAAUAUCUUAUUUCAAUGGUUGAUGGAUAAUUAUUAAAACCUUAUACUCCUUUAGUUAGAUUAAAAAAAGAUGAAUCCAAAGAAACAUGUCAAAAUUCUCGUAUUAAUGAUAUCUACUCUUAAAAAUUUAGUUUGAGAAAUACAUCUCCUUAAUCAUUUGUUGAAAGAAUAUCUUAAAAGAUAAAUGAUGUUACUACUUGUGAAGAAGAUGAACUUUCUUCAAAAUUAGAAUUUCCUGAACUUUAAAUGUAAAGAUAAUAAUGCUAUUUAAAUAAGGAUAAUCAUAAGGUUGUUAAAUAAUAAUACAAUCAAAAAUUUAUUUAAAAAAUUAAUAACAAUGAAAUUAAAUUAGUGAAAUAAUGUUAAGGUAAUAAUUUCUAUAUUUAUUAAGAUUUCUAUACAACUAGAAUGAAAUUUAAUGAUAAAUUCACUGAAUUAGUAACUACAUUGUAAAAGGAUCGUCCUUUAACUUCCAGUAUUAGAUCUAGAUCUUUAACAGUUAAUUAAAAUUAAAGAUAAGAGAAUAUAUAAAAAUUAAGAAAGGUUGCAGAAAAGGCUCGUUAGAAUUUCUUUUUUCGAAAUAAAGAAUAAAGAUAAUGGCAUUAGGAUCUGGUUUAAUAAUACAAAUAAACUGGUCUAACAAGCUAAUACAUUCUUGAACAAUUGUAAUACAUUCUCUAGGGUAUUUGUAAUUAAAAUAUAUAGAGGGAUUAUUUAUCCAGGUAGAUGAUAUCAUCAAUAUGUUAGAACAAAUUGAAGAUUCUCCAUAAUUAAAUAUAACUAUUAAAAGUUGUCAACUUUUAAAUGAUAUAUUCAUCUACUUUGGAAUACCAAUUUCUCAAUUAAAUUAAUAUAAAAAAUUAAAAAAAUUUAAUAAUAAUCUUGAAUGA